UUAACUUGUUUGUUCGUCAUUGACAUCAUGAAAAACGUUGUGAAAUUUCUCGAACACCUGCAUAGGAUUCUUUAAAAUUUACAGUCGCGAAAAUAUCGAUUGUAGAAUACUUUUCGGCUUUUUAAAUACCUACUCUUUCGAAAAAAAAUUUCUAAUGAAUGGACUCAACAAUCUCUAAAAGGUCAGUGUAGAUGACAGGCUUAAUUAUUUACAAGAGAUUACCAUUAACAGAAUCUAAAAGGGCUGUGGAUCUCUAAACUUCCGCAGGCUAUUGCAAGGUGAGCUAAGCACAUUUCGCCUACGUUGAAGGUGUCAAAACACCGGUGACUAUUGACUGCGAACAUUGGUGGACUGAACCUGUUCACGCGCCAAACAUGUUGCUACGAGACACAUUUGACAUGCGACGAUUGAGGAAAAUUUACAAGUCCUAACAACUGAUAGUGACUUGCUGGUGUUUUAAUUUUUAAUAUUUGCAUCGUGAAGACAGAGAUCUGAUGAAUUUUCACCGCUAACUACCUGGAUUUUAUUGGAAACAUUUAUCAUCUUUGAGUUGGCAUGCCCUAUUGGUGCGAUUCAACUCAUAUGUCAUAAUAUUUAUCAUCUGUGCUAAAGAUCAAAGGGAUUCGGUUCGAUAUCAUCGACUGGUACCACAAUAUUUCAUCUCAUUAAAUGGUGAAGCGGCAAUCUCUUUUAUAUCAGCCCAUGUACGGAAAUGCGCCUUAAACUUACUACUUUCUUCCAGUGAUAAUGCAAGGAGCAGACAUGAAUAUUAACUCAAGCGAGGUACACAUUCAAUAUCGUCCCAUCGAAGCGGCGUUUCAGGCGACAUCGCUGAUUUCAAUCAUGGUGGUAGCUAUUGUCGCCAAUACAAUGAAUAUUAUAGUAGUAUACAGAAAUUCGAACAUGCAGACGCCUCGAUAUAUGUUUAUUAUGAAUCUUGCUUGUGCCGAUUUGGGAGUAACUUUGUUAGCGAUGCCGUUUUCGCUCAUCACAUGCAUUUCGCGUGAAUGGAUCAUGGGGGAAUCGCUCUGCAAACUCCACGGAUUUUUAGGGUCUUUCUUCUUUUGUGUUUCAAUCUUUACGCUCACAAUUAUGAGCAUCGAACAAUAUUAUGCGCUGGUGAAACCGCUCGCACGUGCAAUCACGAUUCGCCGAGCAAGGUACAUGAUCGGAUUAGUUUGGAUUGCGUCGACAUUAGUUUCAAUGGGACCCGUGCUGGGAUGGGGACAUUUUGCUUACAAUUCAAGCACUCUCUCGUGUGGAGUUGCCUAUCCAAGGACGACAUUGGAGAGGCUCUACUUAUUAUUUCUCGUGCUAGUCGCAUAUGUUAUUACACUCCUAAUUAUGACGAUUGCUUACAUAAGGAUUUUUUUCGCAGUUCGCAAGCACACGAACAGAAUUGCUAAAUAUACAAGCGGUGGGCUUGAGGUAAUGAGACUUCAGCGAAGAAUCAUCUAUACGCUUCUAUUAGUUCUGAUGGUUUUUAUACUAUGCUGGUUGCCAUUUGUGUUCCUGAUUGUGUUAGCAACUCGAAACGUAGGCGUUUCCAAAUUGCCUUACGGGCUCGGCGUUGCGGCAUAUUGGUGCGGAUUUUGCAAUUCUUCGAUCAACCCCAUAAUCUUUGUCAUCAGAAACGAUCGCUUCCGGGAGGGAUAUCGCGAUAUUCUCAAUGAAGUUUGGUACGGCUUACGCUGUAAACGACCUCCAAAAUUAGGAAGGCUGCAAUUUAAGAAGACAUGGUAUUUGACCAAGCGAACGAGUACAGAAGAGCAAAAACCGCAUGUUAUGCUCCGGGCAAUUCCUUCGCUGACUGCCAUCCCGGAUGUAGAAUUAAUGUCUGAUCACGACAAUGAUGAAAAUAGAGAAUCAUUUUCGCUGUGAAAACAAUAACAAGUAAAAAUUGGUAAUAUUAUACAGCGGUGAAUUUCCGCCAAAAAUAUUAAUUUACAAGGUGUGAAUUUAUGGAGUUUUCUGAAAGAAGAACCAUUGUUAAUCAAUUUUUAAGCCUGAAUGUAAAAUUUAACUUAUCAUGCACAUGAAUUCAUGUAAUUUUCCGUGAGUGACAGGUGGUGUGAAUAAAUUCUUAGAGCUGUCGGGUGAAAAAGAGAGAAAAAGUUCAGUUUUGUUUGGCAAAUGAAUGACAACUUCUAUCCUGUGGCUGGUUUGAUGGAAAAAACAUCAAUGUUUAAUUUUUGUAUUCUUAGGGCAGCGAAACUAGAAAUGUGGACCCUGAUCUUAGAAAGAGACUGAUAUGAUAUUAUCACCGCAAGCGAAAUUUUAAAAAAAACUUACGCCUCGAUACGCGGCGCGUUCGAAACAUUAUUUUUGAAGUCAAUGCAACUUGGUAAAAGUCGAUCGAAGAA